AGAAAUCUUCUGAGAUAGGUCAAAAUGGAUAAGAUCUUGUUGUGGAGUCUCCUAUUGACUUUUUCUGGAAGUCAAGCCUCGAGCCCCGUGGGUCAAAGAAAUACCGAAUUUGCAGUGGAUCUUUAUCAAGCUGUUGGUUUAUCUCAUGAGAACAACAUCAUAAUUUCCCCUCUUGGAGCAACUUUGGCCCUCGGAAUGGUACAACUGGGAGCAAAAGGAAAAGCACAGCAGCAGAUAAGACAGACUUUAAAACUUCAAGAAACCUCAACUGGAGAAGAAUUUUCUGUGCUGAAGUCAUUUUUCUCUGCCAUACCAGAGAAAAAACAAGAAUUUACAUUUAAUCUUGCCAAUGCCCUCUACCUUCAAGAAGGAUUCACUGUGAAAGAACAGUAUCUCCAUGGCAACAAGGAAUUUUUUCAGAGUGCCAUAAAACUGGUGGAUUUUCAGAAUGCAAAGGCUUGUGCAGAGACAAUAAGUACCUGGGUAGAAAGCAAAACAGAUGGAAAAAUUAAAGACAUGUUUUUAGAGGAAGACUUUGGCCCUCUGACUCGGCUUGUUUUGGUGAAUGCUAUUUAUUUCAAGGGGGAUUGGAAACAGAAAUUUAGAAAAGAGGACACACAGCUGAUGAAUUUCACCCAGAAAAAUGGUGCAGCAGUCAAAACUCCAAUGAUGAAGACUCUUCUGAGAACAAAAUAUGGUUAUUUUUCUGAAUCCUCUGUGAACUACCAGGUUUUAGAAUUACCUUAUAAAGGUGAUGAGUUUAGUUUAAUUAUCAUACUUCCUGCAGAAGAAGUGAACAUAGAAGAGAUGGAAAAGCUAAUUACUGCUCAUCAAAUCCUGCAAUGGUUCUCUGAGAUGCAAGAAGAGGAAGUGGAAAUAAGCCUCCCUAGAUUUAAAGUAGAACAAAAAUUAGACUUCAAAGAAGCUUUGUAUUCAUUGAAUAUAACGGAGAUAUUUAGUGGUGGCUGUGAUCUUUCUGGAAUAACAGAUUCCUCUGAGGUGUAUGUUUCCCAAGUCAUGCAACAAGUUUUCUUUGAGAUAAAUGAAGAUGGCAGUGAAGCUGCAACAUCAGCUGGCAUACAGGUCCCUGCGAUCAUGAGUCUGCCUCGAAACCAAUUUAUAGCAAACCAUCCAUUUCUGUUUAUUAUGAAGAAUAACCCGACAGAUUCAAUUUUGUUUAUGGGAAGGGUGACAAAUCCUGACACCCAAAAGAUGAAGGGAAGAGAUUUAGAUUCACUGUGA